AUGAAAUUCAUACUUGGAAACUUGUCGCCGCAGAUAGUGGUAGCACGUUCAUCUAAUCUAUCGUGCUUCUUACCUACUAUUAAUCGUGUUUCACUGUAUGUCCAAUCAAAUGCACAGUAUUCUGCUUCAAAUCGUCGACCAAUGGAUUAUCAUGAGAUUGAAAGACUUAGCAAUCGAUUGCCAGCUAUGAUGAUCACAGCAAUAAAAUGGUGGUAUAAAAUACGACCGUUAAAAGUGGAAAUAGCAGAUCUUCGUCGUCGACUUUUACGAAAUAAAGAGGGAUUUGAGACAAAACGUCAUUCGCAAACACGAUAUUUUGUAAGGUUUCCAUUUUUAACAGAUGAAGAAUUCGCCAACUGGAAAGUUGUUACUGACAGUUACUAUGGUCAAGGUUACUCAUGGGCGGAAUUCGUACGAUCAUAUAGAUCAGCUCCAGGUUGUGCUAAGGCACUAGACUUAAAUGAAAGCGUUUAUCCAAAUGCAGUGGAGGGUGACGCCAGUGAAAGAGUUUCGAAAACACCGGUGAUAUCAUCCUUUGAUGACGCAAACAGUGAUCAUUUAUUUGGGUACACCCAUCCGGUAGUUUACCCGAAAUUGUCAUUUCGACCGGCCAGUAAACAAGCCAAUUCUGAUGCAAUUGUAAUGACAUCAUCUGAUCCAAAAUUUAAAGGUUAUGGACUUUUCCGUGGUUUUAUUAGUACACGUGUUCCUAAACGAGGUGAUCUCGUUCGUGCUGGUUUUGCAAAUCUUCAUAGUCCUGAGAGCAGGUUGUUUGGAUUUGUAUUGCCAUAUGGAUUUGGAGCUUAUUCGCACUUAGUAAUCAGGUAUCGUGGAGACGGUCGAAAUUAUCAGAUUGUUGUUCUACCUCCUCAGCAUUGGGAUUUCGGUCGAUACAAUUCACACCAAUUCACCUUGUAUACUAGAGGAGGACCGUACUGGCAAAUAGCUAAAAUCCCAUUAUCCAAAUUUUAUCGUACGCACUCAGAAUUAAUACAUACUAGACAAACACCUUCGGAUUUACUUCACAUGCGGCUUUUUGCAAUCACUUUGAAAGAUAAUAUUGAAGGUCCGUUUAGCUUGGAGUUGGAUUAUAUUAGUUUAUAUUUUGAUGAACAACAGAAUGAUUCGUUUGAUUACGAGGAGUACUGCCGUUCAGGAGCAGUGUGCUGA